GAAGAUGGCGCCAAAAUACAUAAAUAGAAAUGAAACGUGCAUGUGUGUGGUGUGCCCGAUGCAGAACUUUAUGCAUACUUUAUAUUAUAUUUAUUUUUGAAAAAAAUAUGCUGCGAUGUUAUUUUUAAGCGUACAGUAUUAAAAUACUUCGUUUUAUACAAUAUUGUGGGAUAGGGCUUGAUUUAAAUUUUAACUGUGUCGAAAUUUAUUACAUUUUACAACUGAACUGGAUUUCUGAACAUUCAGGAUGACUUCUGAUGAAGAAUUUUUGAUAUCUCAGGUAUUAAGUUGUCUUGAAACAGAUUUGGCAGCUGCAAAAUCAUGGAUGAUUUUCUCCAAAUCUGCAUUUCCCCAGAGUUUUCCGGUAUUAUUUCAGUGUUAUAAAAUGGCUUGUAAUGAAAAGAAUCUUAGUGAAAGUGCGUUAUGUUUGAGUGACUUAGUUAAAAAAUUUCCAAAUGAAGCUGUUCUUAUUCGAGAGCUGAGAAAUAUUGCCACGUGCUUGUGCUCUGCAAACGAUGACUUUUUAAAGCAAAUAUUUGAGCAGUUAUCAGAGGAUAUUAAAUAUGAAGUUAUGAUGGCUGUGACAAGAAAUGUCCAGACUGUUGAAGAACACUGUGAACUUAUGUUGUUAUUUUUAAAACGUAUGCCAAAUGCAAGACUUCUGCAGCAUGGCAGUAACAUUAUUGAUACUCUGUUGACUGCAGAAGAGCAACCUGAUAUACGUUCCCCUAUAAAUUUGUUUCGAAAAAUGCUUAUCUGUGAUGCUUUGCCUUUAAUCUUACGACUGUCUCAAUUUGAGUACAAAUUUAAAGUUAUCUUUCAACUGCUGCAAAAGGCUGUAGAAUUUUAUGUAUGCUGUUUAUUUACAUUUCCCACUGUACAAGAUGCACCUAUAAGAAAAGAAGUAAUUACGGUAUCUGAGAGUGAUCCAGAUGAAGGGUGGAAACCAUUAUUAAUGUUGUUAGAAACAGUUGCCUUUCGUUACAGGUGGAAUUAUCCAGAAAUGUUUUAUUCAAACUUCAGUGACUCAAGCUUACAACAGUUGUUAUCUUUGUUAAAAAGGAAAAACAAAACAUUAUCCAGUUUGACGAAUGAAAAACACAGGCGUGAAGACUCCUCAGGUUAUGAAGAAGCAUAUUUUUGUUUGGUAGUCACCUUUUUCUAUUGCUUGUAUACUUUUGGAAGACUUAUCCAUCCCAAGAUAUUUUCAAGUUCUGUUACCGGUCCAUAUAAUUAUAUUCUAAUGGAAGGCAUAUCAUUUCCACAAGAAGACUGCCCGAAAAAUCUGGGUAAUGAGUUUAAAAGGACCGAAAGAGGCUUUUUAGUUACUAGCAAACUUGCAACUCCAGAUGUAACCAGUAUGCUUAUUCCUUCUUUUGUCACAGCUGUGGAAUGUUGGCAAUUAUUGCAUAGGCAUCAGCACUUCAUGAAAGAGUUCAAAUGCUUAUGUAAAAACAUACAAUUAGAUACUUGGGCAGUUUUUCAAGAAUUUUAUAUCAGUAUGUUAAUGUAUGAAAGAGCCCACCGUGAUGCUAUUGAUCACUUGGGGAGAUUUUGCAAAACUGCUGUUGAUCCAGCCCAUAAAAAUAAAGCAUCUCUACAAAUUGCAAGCUGUUAUAAUUUUUUAGGAGAAUAUGAGCAUGCUCUGAAAAUUUUGUAUGAAGUUAUAAUGAGCUUAUCACCAAGUGGUGUAUAUAAUACAAAACCAACUUUGCAUAAAUGUCCUUCCAGGUUUAUGAUUUUUAUGGGUUAUACUAAUCGAGAAAUAUUGCAAUAUUGUGUGACUAUGUUGCUUAAAUUGUACAAAUUUAAAGAUAAAGUUGAUGAUGCAUAUAAAGAUAUGUCAUUAGGAUAUAUUUUGGUAUUAAUGCAGUAUGACUUGGACCAUCAGUAUGAAAUGCUUCAUAAAUGUAUUGAUGCAAUAAAAAAAGCUAAGAGUUUUUCCUUUCAGAAAUUCUUUAAUUAUAUUAUUAACGUUGAUAUUUUGGAAGAAAUUUCUUAUUUAACAACAACAGCUGGUGGAAAUGUAAAUUUGGAAAUACUUUCUACUCCAACUUUUCAAGCAAGUAAGCAACGUGCAGUUACUCGUGGUGUGAAUAAAGGAGCUAGAGAUGACCUCAAACAAGCUUUUGUGAAUCAGAUGGCACGUUGCUAUGAUAAUCUUGAUGACCUUUUUAUUGAAUUUAUAAAAGAGGAACAUAGCUUCUUGUUGUUGCCCUUAAGUAAUGGAGUGUAAAAUAUAUAGAAAUUUAAUUGUUGUUAUAUAUUGAAAUUUAAUUGUUUAUUCCUUAUCAUUGCUUGCAUUUCUAAAGUAGUCAAUAUAUAGUUUCUGUUUCUUCUUUUAAUGUUAUUUGAACCAUGAUAGUGUUUAAAUGCAUUGUGUAUAUUCGUGCUGUAUUACAUUUGUUUUUAAUACAGUCAAAAGUCGUUAAUCCGGACUCGUUGGGACUUCGGCAAUUCCGGAUUAUAGAUCAUCAAUUUAAAUCUGGUAAAAUGGCAUGCAGAAAUUAUAAAAUUAAA